UGUCAUUCAGGCAUAAACUGUAGAUGUCUCAGAGCUAUCAGUUUAUGUUACUGCAGCAAGUAUGUGCAGUAUCAGGGAAAAUCCUAAUACUUGGAGAAUCAUUUUACAAAUCAGCAGCAGUGAUUUCCAUUUGCUUUCAGUUUGCCUCCUUUGACCUCUGUUCACAUGUGGAAAAACACAGCCUGCGUAGGACAUGGAUAAUGUAACUUCCCUGCUCUGUUCCACCCGGAUCUCACCGUGUUAUUUUACUUUCAGAGCCUCACCCAAUAUAGGUGCCACAAAUUAGUCACUGCCCUGAAGUGUAAAUGCUUGUGUUUUUCCAUCCAGGAGGGUGGUUAGAAAAUUUGGCACAUAAUGCUGCAAGGAGUUGGCAGAACUGAAAGUAGGUGAGCUCAGACACUGGUCUGAGGAAUGCAGCAAAUCCAAAUUUAGGGCUCUGGAGGCUGGAUCACAAGUGCUGCAGCCCUGUGAUACAAAGUGCUGAUCUGAUAUUGGCUCAUUCUGCUUGUUCAGAUGUGUUCGAGUGUUUCUGAGAAGUUAUUUUUGUGCUGGCAGGCUUUGUGAGAGAUCAGGUGGUGUCUGCCCAUGCGGCUCUGCCUUUCUGCAAGGCUGGAGAUCAUUUCUCUUCCUGCAGCUGGCACGGAGCUGUCAUUAAAAGCAUGACUGACAUAAACACUGCUCUGGCUAAUUAGACAGCAGUGAGGUUGUGUGCCUGCACCCAGCCUGGGGCAUCUUGGCUGCCGUGGAGGAGCCUCUCCCCCAUCCAUUGCUCAGGACAGAGGAACAGCUUGGGCAAGGCUGAAAUCCAAAGCAAAAUGAGUUUGUUUUCUUUUUCCCAAGGGCAGGACACAUACCUUUCACCGCCCUCUUUGCUGGAGGGCGCUGGCACUGGACUUUGACUCCAGUUCACUGUUCUGGCCCAAGGGCACAUUGUGGUGCUGAGGGCCAUUCUUGUAAAGCAAACUUCCUUCUCUCUCACAUAAUAAUUUUUCUUCUAAUUUUUUUUUCUUUUUUUUUUAAACGGUGCUUUGCUAGUGGUCAGCUUUUGGCUUUUGCUUUUUGGUUGCUCAGGUUUUGUCAGGACAAAAGGGUGAGGCUCGGCAAGGUGCAAGUAUCUCUGCAGCCUGGGAGAGGGAGCACUGCAGUAAUUCCUGCUCUCUGUCUCUCCCCUUGUGUCCAGAGGAGAAGAAAAUGAAGCCUGACAUGAUUAUCAGAUAGCUCAUUAACUGAAUCCCAUCGGAAGUGGUCACUCUGCAAAUUCUUGGUGAUUUAAUUCCCCCAUUUAAUUAAUUCCUCCUCUAGAAAUUAUCAGCUCACAUUGGAGACAAAUUACCUGUUAAUUUUUCAUUUAAUAAUUAGUGCUCGUCUAGGCCCUAGUUAAGCUUUCUUGCCUUAUGUCAGAUUUGAUCAAAAGGAGACACCUGAGCCUUCUGAUUUGUGUUAAUGUGAACAUUUCCCCUUUUAUGUAGAGAGCACAGGUUAAGGCAGGGGUCUGACAAUGCCCACAGCACCUCCUGGAGAGGUGGUUCCCUCCCCACUUCUGCUGGGGACUUUGCAUGGGCCUGGGAGAGACCAGGGACAAAAACCCCACCCAAAAAUAAUUACAGUGCAAGACUGUGACCUUUGCAGCUUCUGCUGUGCUGGGGCCCAAAGUCUCUGAGCGUUGUUUUUUUAUCUGCCCGAGUGUCACAAGGCCGGGGCAGUGGCCUCCGGAGGGGCUGCAGUGUGAGGGCUGCAGGCGAGGGCUUUCAUGGUGGAUGGGGGAGCUUGGGCUCUGGGCUCUAUCCCUGAGGCUGCUGCUGUAUUUUAUCUACAGAUUUGUUCAGUGCAAAAUGCAGAAGCUGCCCAGGAAACAGAAGGCGACGCUUCCCCCCGCCAUCCCCCCCGGAAGUGUUUGCAAAUCCCAUCUCCUGUUUCACUGCGUGUUUCUGCCAGAGGCUGCUGGCAUUAUUUAUUCAUUUUGCUGCACAGUGUCAUGGUUUCAGCAGGAGGGGGGGAUAGUUCUCUUUUGAUCCCUGCUGGCCCGAUGGUUUCUGUUGGCGGGGCACUUCUCUAGGGGAGGUGGUGGGGUGGGUUUGGCUCUCCUGCAGCUUGGGGCUGCUGCUCUUGGGGCUGCUUCUCAUCAGGCAAGCUCUGAAAAGCUGCUGCUUGCCCAGCCUGUGGCUGAUUUCACUGAGGUUAAGGGUUUGCUGUGCUGCAGUUUGUCCUUGCACACUCCCAGGGCAGGGGAGGAAAGGCUCAAUUCAGGCUGUGUGGGACAGUGCUCAGAGCAGGUGCUGGUGAGGCUGCAGGGCUGGGCUCUCUGCAGAAAUCAGGGCUGGGAGCAGCGUCCUGGUGACACUUGACAGAGCCUCUUUGGACUGGGCUGGUUGUUCAUGCACAGGAAUGAUGGAUGAAAGGCAAACACCCCAUAGACUUUGUCAUGGAAAAGUGAUAGGCAUGUUCCAGGCUUGAAAAAAAUAAAAUGUUUAGAUAUCCUACAGGUGCUGCCUAGGUCUCACAAAACACUUCUGAUCAAACAUUCAGGCCCAGAACCUCUAGGGUAUUUCAGCAUCCAUGCUGCUGACAUUCCUUGGCAUACACUUAAUCCCUUUUACGUCUCUCAAGUGUGAAUAGAGCCACCCAAACACAGGUGCUGCUGCCUGGCACAGCCCCAAAUCUGCAGGGGUGGAUAUCAGGCAAGGUGUGUCCAGAUCUGGGCUUUUCUGGCACAAACCUCUCUGUACUGUGUCAGUGCCCUGCUGCUCAUCCUGUUCCCUGGGAUGCUGCUGCCCAUUGAGUUGUGAGGGCCGUGUGCUCUUCUCCACACCCUGUGCUGUAGCCUGUACAGCCUGGUGCUGUAGCCCUUCAAGACUCCAGCAACACACAGCCAGCUUGAGGCACUGGCAGGAUCCCCCAGACUCCAUGGGAUGCUCUGUCAAGGCACCCACUGAGCAUCUACUCCAAAUAAAAGUCUGAGAGCAUCCCAGCUUGGUGCUUUCAUUCAUUACUUCCACUGUCUGCUCUAUUUUUUUUUGCAAAUUUUAAGCUGCACCAAUUGCAGCCCCUAGCAGUGAGGUUCCCUACCCAAGGGAAGCAUUUCUGUGACACUGGUGAGUCCAUCUCUCUGGUGAGAGAGACGCUGUAGAGGCUGUCACCAAGUGCACCUGAGUGGCUGCUGUGCAUGCUCAGAGUGCCAGGGAGGAAGAGGAUGUUUUGGAUGCCCCAGAAGUGCUGUCCUGUGUGUCCCACCAGCUCCUUCCCCCUCCCACACCCUCAUGUACCAAAUUUGCCUUCCCUGUACAGCCCUGUAAGUCUCAGAGAAGUGUGAAACUGCUGCUGAAGUCAAAGGCAAAUGAUAAUCAUAGUGAGUAAUUCUGGCUGGAACACAGGUUUUUUGAGGGCUGUUGUAUCUUACAGAGCCCCAGUGUGAUUUAUUUUUAAUGCUGAAUGUCUGGCCCUCCAUCACAUUUCCCACACGUGUCAUUUGCCCCCUCAUUUUGCUUGUUUCCCACCAUACAAGGAGGGCAGAUACUCUCCAUUAUAACUCAAAUUGGGCACAGUAUCUCCGACAGCUUGUUGCAACACACUGGUGGCUACAGCCCAGCUGUUGUGGCACAGCUUCUCUGACAAGAGCACAGAGGGUUUCCUCUGCCUGCCUGCAGGUUCCCGUGAACCCAAGACAAACUGCAUCCCUGGAUGCACCCCAGAAAUGGUUAAGGGAGGAGCAGGCUAUGGUGCUGCUGCUGUCAAGCUCACAGGAGCAGGGCUUUUUCUUCUUGUUGCCAGUUACUAGGACUGGGAGCCAGCUCUGAUGCUGUCCAGGAGUGUAGUACUUGUACUUGCCCUCCUGCAGAGGAGCUGCAUCCUCUGCCACCAUCAAUUUCAUGUCCCAGAAAAGGGUGCUGAACUCCUUCUCCCUCAGGUAAUGAGGCCUUCUGCAGCUGGCAGGAAACAGAGUCUUCUGCAUGAGCAGAAGUGCUGUGCUCCUGUGAUCCAUAAAUACACCCCAACUUGGGGGAUCUGCUGUCUUUGCCAUGUCGUGGCCAUGGGGGCUUUUUCUGGCAAAGCCCAGGGUUGGUACAGAGGAGGAGGUGUCAGCAGCCCAUAAAAGCACAGGCAGGGAAUGAGUGGGAAGCAGAAUAUGUGGGUGUAAAUGUGAGCUUAUCUCCUGCAGUGGCUGCUCCCCUCCCACCCCCAAGCUCUGCUGGCUUUAAUCAUCUUAGAUCUGUGCAAAAACUCUGCAUACAUCAGGUGCAGGAUGUUUGAGUGGCUGUAUUACUGAGCUGGAGGAUCUAAACCCCUUGCACAUGGACUUUGUGGAGGUGGCAGACGGCUCUGAUGGCCACAGCUCCUGACCCCAGGGCAGCUCCUGACCCCAGGCACUGCUCCAUCCCCCUCUGCUGUGCCCAGGAGCAGUGAUGUGUUUCACAUCUGGGCUUGAUAUAUUCAGAGAAUGCAUGGCCACUGCAUAUUCAGUAAGGCAUGAUAAGUUCAUUUAACAAAUCUUCCAGGUCAUCUGUGAAUGUAUACUGCUCUAACCUCCAGUUUAAUGUGCUGGCUAUUGUGGUAUUGAAGUUUAUUCCUGAUCCUGAUUUUCCUCUUUUCCUGCCUGCCAGCAUCUUUGACAGACAACAGAAUUCUAUUUUUGAUCUGUACCAGGUAAUUAUGUUUGCUUGGCAUGUUGCAGUGCUCCUUGUUACUUUGCAUUCAGGAGUGUUAGUCAGGCAGGAGAAAGUGUCAUGAUAGGUGGAGUAAAAAUCACAAUCCAGCCCAGAUAUAGCCCCCCAGGUCUGGUCCUCCAAGAGUCCCAGGGCUUAAGGGUCAUUCCCCCAAGUAUUUGACCUGGCUGCAGAGCAGGAUCCUGACAGAAAUGCCCGAGUUAAGUGAAGACAGGUAAGGUGAUAAACCUGCCCCAAAUAUUGACUCUAUACUGUGGGGAGAAGGUGGCACUGAUCCUGUCCUCUAGGUGGGAGAAAUUAAUUACGAGGAGGUAAAUAAAGUGUCUGGUGAGUCUUGGGAGGGCUGUUGGCUUGGAAAAGGUAUGGCUUGUUGUGCCUUUGGUGCAGAAAGACUGUUUGAAAAGGUGUUUGCAGAGCUGUGUGUAAGUUCAUUGUGCAUUGCCUGUAUGUGGCUGUGGAGGAGCUUUAUCAGGAUAAAUGGACCCACGAGCACUAAGGGGGAACUACGCAGAACUUACUGCCACCUCCUUGCCUUCCUUUCCCAUUAGAUCACAAGUACCUGCAGGGAGUCACUGCCUUGGGCAGCAGCCUGUGGAAAACACGGCAUGAGGACUUCAGCAGGACACAAGCAGCUUCCUUUUACUGUCCUGGGUGGGAGUGGGAGCUCCAGACAAAAUUCACUAGAGAAACCCUGCCACUGAGUCACAAGGUGCAGAGGAUCUUGCUUUUUUAACUUGGAGAGAAGCCUGAAGGUGGCUGGAUCCAGUCUCAGCCUCACACUGUCAACAAUUGUAAUUGUUGAGUAAUUGUGACCUGCAGGAUUUAAAGAUGGCAAAUCGGAUAUGUCCCUAUAAAAAAAAUUGCUCGUGAUGACAAAUGAUUAGACAAAAGAUUGUAAUCAGAAUUACUUACUGCACAGACUAGAAGCUGAAACUGCUAACAGUUAUAUAGUAUAAUGUAGUGCACUAAAUUAAAGCAAUUGUAUUAAAGGUAACAAAAAGAAGCAGUUGCUAAGUAGACAUUGAUGUAACUCAGCACACCAACACUCAGAGUGGGGAGGUCUCUUUCUCUUAACCUGGAGGAGCAACCUUGAGGGGCAUCCCCACUCAAGGGGGAAUCUCCACACACACUCCAGGAAGGGGUAUCUCAGAAGAACCUCCUAUGUGGAAAGUGGACUGGGUUUUUAGAGUGUAAAGGGGUUGACUGCCAGUCCUAUGCCUCCAGGCCAGUUUAGCAACUUACUGGCCAAAGGUUUGCCUUACUGUCAGGAUGUUGAUUUGGGGUCAGUGUGCCAGACUGAUUUUUAGCAUAACACAACACCAGAACAACACAUGGCUCCCCUCUCAAUCCACCCUGAUAGAUUUGCAAAUGAGACAUUUUCCACUGAGUUGCUUGACCACAUUCCAGGUCAAAGCAUGAGGGGGUGUGGGGGGAAACAUCCUGCCACAAUUACACAGGAUAGAAAUGACCCCACAGUUGCACAGAGCAGAGCAGCUCCCCAGCUGCUGGGAAAUGUGGCAUGAGCCCACACUCCCCCAGGACUCCCUGGCUGUGCAUGCCCACAUCACUGGCACCCUCAGGUGCCACCUUCAGCAGGGAGGGCAGGCUGGAAAGUCCAGGUGCUGCCAGUCGUGGAUAUCCCGAUCUGCUGCGUGACGUGGGAGCUCCUCUGAUGCACUCUGGACAGCGGUGAUGCCCUGCUGCACAUCAGGGCAGGAGGGAGGGCAGGGCUCCCCUCACCCUGCAGAGGAAGAUGAUGCAGCCCUGUUCAGGCUUCAACAGCAGCGUUUUUUCCCUGAACAGAGAACCCUAAGCAUGGCUGCCCAGUUUUAGUCAAGGCCGAGUCACAGAGCGAAUGUGCAAAACUUGGAUUCAAAUCCCUCUUCAGUUUUAGUACAGAUCUGAGCCCAGCUUCCCUUCCCUUCCCCAAGACUGCUCUGGGUAUUGUGGAGAAUUACCCAGCAGCCCAGAUGAUGUUGUUUUUCAGCACUGCAUCCAUACCCAUGUACUGCAGUGGGAAGCAGGAACUUGCUUCCAUGGCAGACACCCAGCCCCUCACUGCAGAGCAGCCCUCACCGCUCCUUUCUUGCUGGAGAUGUUUGAUUGGCUUGAGAGAGACAUGAAACCACAUCUGCAGGAUGGGCGGGGAGAGACCUCGUGAGCUGAUGUAAAAUCCAGCGGCCUUGGACAGACUUGGAGAGAAUCUCUGUCCCGCCCUUGCCAAGCAGUGGGAGGAUCUGACCCUGAUGGAACCAUCCCCAGGUCUCCCUGUGCUCUUCUUGUGGGGUGUGUGUGAUGUCUUACGGGGCUGCUGGCAGAGGUUUGGGCUGACAGAUGAGCAGCCCGUGGUUUGCUGUGCACUGCAUCUGCUUCAGGCUGCCUACCCUAGAGUGUGCUGUUCCCUUUCAGAAAAUGCUCCUGCUGCAGCUGCAGGCUCCCGGGCCUCUCCUGCCUCAUGGCCUGGCCAUCGGGCAGCACCUGGGCUGGGGCUGAGAUCUGGUGCCCAGCUUGACCCUCUCCUCUUCCCACUGUUUUAUUGAUUUUAAUUCAUCACUUUCCAUGUGGUUAAGUGGCUUUUUGGUGGCUGUUUCUUGCCAAGUGCUGCUGCUGGCUGCCUUGUCUCAUCCACAGCCUGGGUGGUGAAGAGCCCUCCUGCAGGAUUGCUCCUGCAGGCAGCCUGCUGUGAGGCAGCUGCCAGCUGCUGUGUCCUUGGGCUGGCUUUGGGCAUUGUGACAUGCUCUCAGUCCACAGUCAAGGGUCCAUCAGGAACCUGUCCCAGCUCUGAGAUGGCAGCCCACAUGUGUGUGGUGGGAAUGUUGCUCAGGGGGGAGGGUGAAUGGGGCUGGUGUGAGCUUGAGGCCCUCCUUGCCGAGGAUCCACAGGGGGAACCUGUGGGGGGAACCACAGCAGCUCUUCUGUCCAAAGCGUGUCUUGAAGUUGGUCUUCUGCAGGGGUGGGACCAGGAGGAGGCAGGCUGACAAGGAGACAGCACGGAAGCCUGAGGAAGCUCUGGAAUUCAAUGCCUGAGCGAAGUUUGGUGGCCUCAGUCUACACAAAAAUGAAACCCCUGCUUGCAGAUGGAGAUCUGUCCUCUCUUCUGAGCAAGGGAGAGCUCUUCAGCCCCUUGCUCUCAAAGUCCUGGUUGGCCCCUCAGCUGCUUCUGCGUCUCCUGUGAGCAGCCACAUCAGACGUGUACCAAGUGCUAUUUCUGCAAACCGCAGCACGGCCACACUGGUCUGUCCUGUCUGCUCACAGCUCUGCAAUCCCACCAUGGGACACCUGCUCCCUGCCCCAAACUCACCCCAGCCAGGGCUGUGUGUGCCCAUCCUGGGAGCAGCCUGGUCCCACAGGCAGUGCUGACAACAGGAGCUCUGCCGAGGAGUGCUGAGGCAGCUCCUUCAAAGGUCACCCUGGUGAUUAGGAGCACAGGAAAGGUUCAGAUGUGUGACACGGCUGUGGCUGUGAGAAGAGGGGAAGUAUGCAUCAUGCUGUGACCACUGACACAAGCUCAGGAAACCAGAGCCUGGGGAAGGUGGACAGGCUCGGGCGCUGUAUGGAACAAGGACCUCACCCCCAGCACUGUUCCCAUGCAAGCAGCUGAUAGAGAUAAAAACCAGGGAGUGAAGAUGUUCAGCCACCAGAGUCAGGCAAGCAGCUCUGCUCCUUCACUGCUCUGGAAGUGUCUGAAUGUGCAGUGCCUGGGUUCCAGCCAAUCCAGCACUGGUGUCAUCAAAGCUGCACGUCCUUGGCUGUUUUGUCAUCCUCUGUUAGAGAAAGUGAGCCCUGUUGAGGGCCACAGUGGUUCCCAUAGCUAAGUGGCUAAAGUGGGUGAGAUGAGACUUCUCACUUCCAGUUAGGUAAAAUGAGUCCCACCAGCUGUUCUUGAACAAACUUGGAAAAUAAUGGGAAUAUUUUAAUCUGCAAGAAGCAGUCCCCAGAGACAAUUUUAAAUCAUAUCAAUGUAUAUUAGAGAUAGGAGCUACCUACAGAUCCUUAAGUGAUGAUCAUAUGAAAUGCCCCUGGUCAUGAAGAAAUGGGCUUUUAGAAGGAAUCUUUGCACCAAGUCUGCACAAGAUUGCCCUGCAAGACAGACUUGUCCUCACUGCCAGAUGGUGAAGCUAUGCCAAGGUUGAUGUUCCCACAGCACACACCUCUGGAGCAGAGUGGGCUCCUUCAAUCAGGACUCAAUUCUCCAAAUUCUUUUAGUGGAAGAUCAGAUAUAAACAUCUAUUGAUUUUUUUUUUUUUCAGUGGCAGCAUAUCUCUGCAGCUUUCUGGUCUUGUCUCCACAGAGAGACACUGACCUCUGGCUUCUCUGAGUUCCCAGAGAUUAAAAAGAGCAGGAUAGAUCAUGAGGAGGAACUCCUGGUGGCAAAAAAAAUUUAACAGCACAGAGCUGCAGUAGCACAGUCUGUAGCUUCUGAGUCUACUUCCAGCCUGGCAGCCACAGCACCUUCCCAACACAGAGCACCUGUAGUGUGCUCAACCCUCAGCAUUAACCAGCCAUGAGUCAUGCUCUAAAUAAUGCUGAGAUGUGGUUUAGAAUCCAAGUUUGUUUCUUUAGAGAAUACACGCUGGUCUCCUUUAUGUUUUCCUACCUAAAACGACUAGAAACUUCUCCUUUUCAGGCCUCCUUCUCACACUGUCAUGCCCUUUCGGUGCCAAGGGUUAUCAGGAAAUGAGUCAGGAGUCUCCAGCAGUUCACAAGGGCACUAGGUGCCCUGCUUGGUGCACCUGCAGUGCUCUGCUGAAGCUGCUCACAGGGCGACGCUCCCUGGCUUUCCUAGAAAUUGGGACCUCAUUUGCCUGCCAGUGCCAGCUCCCCAGCUCCCCCAGCACAUGCUGAGAUGUUAAUGUCUUCUCUGUGCCGGGGGCUGCAGCUGUGCAAGGCUCCUGCCCAUGGAUGGUGCAGAGAGGUGCAGUGCCGUGAGCUGUGGAGCUGCUGCUGCUGCUGGGCAGGAGGAGCUCCGGGUGUGCCAGCUCAGUGUGCCUGGUGAGGCUGGGCUGGGAGGGCUCCUGAUGGGGCAGGACACGGCCUCUUCCUGCUGUUUUACCUCCAGCCAUGGUAGAAAAUCCAGGGUGGGGCUGGGCCAGCUGCAGUCACUGAAGUUGCGUGUGUGGGCUGGAUGCUGAUGGCACAGCUGCUGUCAGAAGCUCCUGCAGGAGCAAAUCCUGUCUGUGCUGGUCUCUGGUGAGGCUGCCUGCUGCAGCAGCUCUCUGAGAAGUGCUCCCUCCCUGCCAGCCUUCCUCCAGCUGCGGCAGCAUCGCCUCAUCAGCACUGCGGCUGCUGAUGCCCCAGUGGGCACCUACUGCCACUGCCCCCCCCACCAAAAAGGGGCUGCUGAGGUGCUCUCAGCUCCAGGUUAUCAAACACGCCAGUCCUCAGCCCAUCAGCCCCCACCCAGCCGCUGUGCAUAGCAGAGGUUCCCAGUGCCCUUCACUGGGAGUGAUUUGUCGGUCCUGCAAGCUGCUCCUCUGAGGGAGGUGGUUCUGCUGAUCACAGAAACACUUCCCGAGGCUCAGUGGUCCCUCAUGUCCCACCCCUCCAGCCCUAAUAUGGGCACAUGGAAGAAGAGCAGCGAGGCACAGGGGACCCCCAAAAUCUCAGAGGAAUGUGGUGUCCUGGUGCAGAGCAUCCCCUCCCCGUGAGCAGGUUUGGUGUUGCUGUGUGAAGCUGCUCAGACACCAGUUUGUCCCCAAAUCCCACACACCCUCUUCGCCCGCUGCCUCCCUCUUGCUGACACAAGAGACAUGAUUCCUGGUACCCCUGAUAAGGCUCUUGCAGAUACUGGGGAAGAAAGAAGUGGGAAUAGCACUUCCUCCUCCUCCUCCCGUCUCAGUUUCUUCAUGGCUGAAAGUGAUCUGCUUUCUGUGAUCAGGUAGGUUGUGGCUUCCUGGCAUUCUCAUGGGAACCAGGGCUUCCAGGGCAAACAUCAGCUGCCCCAGCACCAGGGAGGACCCAGCUGGAGCUGGGUCUGUCACCACAAGGUCUCCAGCAGCUUCAGCUCUGUGCUGGAGGCUGCAACGUGCCCGUCUGUGGCUUUGCAAAUCUCUUUCCUCCUCUGCAAAACAGCACAGUGCAAAGCACUGAAGUGCAAAGCUGGAGGGUUUAUUACAGCAGGUGGUGAGGAAAGGCUUAAAAUCUAAAAUUCAGCUAAAAUCUGUGCUCUGUGGGUCACUCCCUGCCUUCCAGCCUGCCCCCAGCACAGCCUGCUUACACACUGUUGGGGACAGACAAAUUUCCUGAGGUGCCAGCCAGAUGCCUGAAGACUGAGGGAAAGCCAAACCAAAAUAAACCUGAUGUAGCUGGGUGUUUUAAUUUGCAGGAAGUGCUGUGCAGCAGCAGGCUGGUUCCCAGCUGAAUCUUUCUUGCUGCAUCAAGCAUAAAUUCAUCAGGUAUUCCAUUUCCUGGGAAAAAAAAAUAAAGCAGAAUAAUUCACUUGGAAAUAAAGAGUGGAGCUAUUUUUCCCUCUGACAUGGUGAAUGCAAUUACCCAAGGCAUGGGAGGCUGAGAUAACUCACUUAUUCAGCCCCCACUCUCCAAAGAAACCAUCAUCAUUCUGUCAGAAAAGGCUUUAAACUCAAAUUCACAUCCUGAAUGCUAAAACAUCACCACAUACAGAAGCCAUCCUUAUGAUUUCCAUGCACCAGCUGCUGCAUCACAAGGAAAACACACUCAUAGGCCAGAAUUUAUUAUUGUCAAGGCCAUACACACAGUGCAAGCUCCCUGUGUUUGCUGACCCUUUUCCCAAUGCUGUUGGUAUCUCCUUGUCCUUCAGGAGCAAUUCCUAGUGAAGCAAAGCCCACUGGCACUCUGUUAGUAGUGUGUGAGCCAUGCUGGGGCUGGGAAAAUGUGCAUGGGGGUUGAGAGUCUCAAGCUGUGUCUGUUUGGAGAGCUCAGUGCAGGCAAGCCAUAAGCCUGUGAUUGCCCCCAAAUUUAAUUCCAUUUAGGCAGCACUCUCCCACCACUUCUGCCAUUACAUAAUGGGGAGUGAAGUAAUGACUUUCAGCAAUGCUGUUUGAGUGGCAGCAGUCCAAUCCUGGACUGUAUUUUUUUUUUUAAUGGUGGGGGGAGAGCAGGUUGGCAGAGGGGAGGAAGCAUCCGUUUGGUUCGUCUGCAAUCCCUGUUUCGCUUUGGGAGCUUUAGAGGACAGACACAUUCUUCCAUCUCCGCUAAUCCUCCUCUGAUACAGAGGAUUUUCCUGCCAUUAAAUGAUAGCUUGUGAGAAAAAAAUGCCAACUUUUCAGAGACUGGCUCUUGUGGCUAAGGGCAGCCUCAUGAGCAGGAGGGAGGACACAGCCACUGCCUGGCCAGGUAAGCCACACGUCCGGGUGAUUUCUGUUGGGAAUUUUGGUUUCCACUCUUUGAUGGUUAAGCUCCUCUGUACCAGCACCUGUUUCCUGGGGGUAGAGCCAGUCUCUUACUGUUGGUGAUCAUUUCCCACCUGAGAUGACAGGAAUCUGCCUUUGGCAUGGCUUCUGGGAAGGACGCGGAUGAGCUCCUGAAAAGCAGUGGCACAAAGCUGCAAGAUCCCCUGAGAAGGUCAGUGGUGGAAGAAAGAUCCUCACCAGGAAGGUGCUGGGGACUUCUUCAGUUUGAAAGUGUGUGAGAGAAGAGCAUUUUCCUUCAUCUUCCUUUCUAAACAUAGAUCUUUUUGUGGAAAAAUGAUGCAGGGAAAUGACAGAGGAUGAAACCCAUCUCUAGUCUUCCUGUAUGCUUUUAGAUCCCUCAAGUUUGCUUGCCAGACCUGAAAUGCCUGAAAAUAAUCAAGGUAAUGUUUGCCAUCAUCCUAAAUGUGAUCCUUUGGGUCCCACAGGUCCAUGGGGUGUGGGCCUGUGUGCGCUCCUGCCCUCCCAGCUGUGUGUGCACGCCGGAGAGGAGCUGCUCCGUGCUCUGUGACCGUGCUGGGCUGGGGCAGAUCCCCAGCGAGUUCCCCUGCGAAGCCUCUUCCAUCAACCUGGAUAAAAAUAGCAUCAAGUUCCUGUCCGAGAGGGCCUUUGGGACACUGCCUUCCCUCAAGUCCCUGUCUCUCAACCACAACAACAUCUCCUUCAUCACUCCAGGGGCGUUCAAGGGGCUGCCCAGCCUGACGGAGCUGAAGAUGGCCCACAACGAGUACAUUCGCUAUCUCCACACUCGCACCUUCACCGCGCUCCGGCGCCUUGUGAGGCUGGACCUGGCUGACUGCAACCUCUUCAACAUCCCAGACAGGAUCUUCAUCGAGCUGCCUGCUCUGCAGGAGCUGUUCUGCUUCCAGAACAACUUCCGAAGGAUCCCAGGUGCCAUCAGGGGCAUGGAGAACUUGACCCAUGUGUACCUGGAGAGAAAUAGGAUCGAAGCGGUGGCCUAUAACUCCCUGCAGGGCCUGACUAAGCUGAAAUACCUGAAUCUGCAGGACAACAAGAUAAAUGUCAUCCAUGAGCGAGCUUUUCAGGGCUGUCAGAGGAUGGAGUACCUGUACCUGAAUGACAACUUGAUCAGUGAGCUUCCAGAAAACUCCUUUGAUGGCCUGAGGCGCCUGAAGAUGCUCAACCUGGGGGGGAAUUUUCUCAGGAACAUUUCCAACACCUGGUUCCGGGACUUGGGGGAGCUGGAGUUCCUCUACCUGGACCGCAACAGGAUCAGCUACAUCGAGGAAGGGGCUUUUGAGAACCUCACCAGCCUGGUGGCGCUGCACUUGAACAGCAACAACCUGACCACGCUGCCCUUCUCGGUGUUCGAGCCCGUGUACUUCCUGGGGCGCCUGUACCUCUUCCGCAACCCCUGGGAGUGCGACUGCCGCAUCGAGUGGCUCAAGGAGUGGAUGGAGAACUACAGGCUCGUCAGGGAUAUUCCGUGUGCCUCCCCCUCCUCCGUGGCUGGCAUUGAUCUGACGGACGUGCUCUUCGAGAGGUCUCCCGAGGGUUACUGCCUCGACCCGGUGGAGCUGAACAUCACGUCCGAGGGGCCGGCCCCGAGCCAGGAGCCUUGGUCCACCACAGAGAGCAAGUUCAACAGCCUUAUCUCCAAACUCUUGCUCCAGAUGGGCCUUCCCGAAGAGGUGGCAAAUGCCACUGAGGUGUACAGUAACACCACGCAGCCAGACGGACAGACUGAAGGGGUUUCUUCUGGCAUGGGGGAAGAAAGAACCAAGGCUGACUCCUCCUCCUUGUACCUCCCAGCACUUUUUACAGUGAUUGUUCUGCUGUGCAAAUAAUCCAAGGGCUGGAUGGAGCAGGGGUUCUGCUUAAGCAUUUAGACCCUGCCCCUACUUUGUCAUGAGAGAAAAGUUUUACUGUGAACCUCCGAUACAUAAUGGGCUCCAAACUCUUCCAGGCUGGGUUUGUUGGAUCUGGCUCCAGAUUCCCCUGGGAGCUGGUGAAAUCUGGGUCCCACUCUGGGUGACAAACCUGCCCUGUGGGUGCCCCAGAGCCUCCUGGAUACUCAGAGGGGGAUGAGCAGCACUAAUACUGAAUUUUGCCUAGAGAUGUGUGAUGUUCCCUGCUGGGAAUGAGGGAAGAGGGGUCUGUCUGUGGGGUGUUUGUUCCACCAGGCCAACUUGUGAGAGCGAGAUGUUCCAUGGUGACUCAGCUUCGUGAGAGCGAGAUGAGGCCGCAAAACCGGACCCCUCUUCAUGUCCUGACAGACACCCACACCCACACCCACAGCAGGUGCUGCUGAACAAUGGGAAACCAUUCCUGAUUUCCCCCCUCGGGUGCAGGAGGGAGCAGGGCAGGCCUGGUGACAUCCAGGGAUGCAGCACUGGGCCUCAUGGGAAGGAGGAAAGUGUCUGGAGAGGCACCAGCCCCAGGCAGGUCUGGGGUGGGCACAGUAUGCUGGCAGUGACCCCAGGCAGGAUUUGGAUCCUUUCUCCCCCCCGUUAUCCUGGUGGCACUGGUGCGGGAGAACCAGAUGGACCCGUGUUUGUCCAAACAGUCCCCUCUGAGGCAAAGCUACUUAAACUUAACCUACUUAUUCCCAUCAUUUCAAUGUGUUUAUUUUUUCAGUGAAUAUAUUGUUUCAAGGAAUACAUUUUUUUUAUUUGUAGGUUGUUUCAUGGCAUGGCAGCAGGGGCAGAGCACAGUGAUGACAAAUGCAACCAGACCCUAUGAAAUAUUUUGUAUUUCCACCACUAAUAUGUACCAUGUAGUGUGUCAUAUUAUGCCAUAUUGAUAAUCUUCUUUUAUACAGCAUUUUAAGUGUUUUAUCUUUGAAAUCUUCAAUGAAAGCUGCUAAUAUAUCUGCUAAUACCAGAAAGAAUGAUGUUUUAUGUAUCAAAGCAUAUUAAUAAAAUAAUUUGAUAUUUUACUCACAAAAAUAAAUUAACUGCUCAAAUCUA